AACUAUUUUAUUGAAAUAUUCCACGACACAACACACCACGGCACUGUCUGCUAAACACAGGGCAAGAAUGCAAAAUCAUACCUCGGCAAACAUCACAUUGGAGCAUCUCCUCCUCCACACCAAUAUGACCUUUAGAAUCCCCAUCACAGUGUCACACUUUCAAUCACGUUUAUUCUUGCAGCCGUUUGCAAAAUUGUUGUUUCUAUUGUGGCAUCCUGACAUCCUGCAAAGACACAACUGUAAUCAAUUGAACAGGAACUUGACCUUGCGACCUAGUAUUUCAUAUGUAUGAGUUUGUGGUUAUUUUCACCAUCAUUAAACUAGAAUGUUUGCACUUCCUCUUUUCUUCCCACAUAAAUGCAGUAAAAGUGCUGCAAAACAUCACAUUACCACCAUUCUUAUUGGUUAACAUGUCCAUUUAGAGCAUUUAUGAGUCCAUUUUCUGAAAACAUUUCCGAUACAAGCUAACAUGUAAAACUUGCUGAUGGAUUAAAAUGAGGUCUUGACUAAAAUUCAACACUGAGUUUUCUAAAUAACAAACUAGUAAAUAUUAUUGGUAUCAUACACUCACAACGUUUCAAAAUCAACUCCUCUAUUUCUGUUUUUGUUGCGGGAACGGAUCCAGGGUAAAACAGUGUGUUCAUUAUGCAUUUGGUGCAUGUGCAAAAGCACAUAGAUUAAGAAAAAAAAAAACAAUCCGCUCUUAGGCAUCAGCCUCCUUUUUUCCCUCGUCACUGUUGCUGGGGCAGGUCAAACCAAACGAAACCAGAAGAGGGGCCAGCGCCAGGAGGAACCAACACCUUAGAGAGAGUGUGAGUUGCUGCCACAAUGGAGGGGAUCAGGUGGGCGGCGUUUGUUCUUGGUUGCGGCCCUCCCCUGAAUCAUUGUUCAAAUGUCAGACAGCAGGCAUGAACAGGAGAGCUGUCGCUGAGAGAGUUUCUUAAAAAUGUUUUUCUGCGAUAUAUUGAAAGAUGGGUCACCGUUGUCAGCGUCAGUGCGCUCUGAAGACGAAUGCGGAUUUACCUCGUCUCUGAACUGCUCUCACAGUGGAUGCCGAGCAAGUGAGUUCUCUGGGAUCUGAAGGGGAGGAUGAGGUGGGCCUGUGGAGCCUGGAGCCCCAGGACUGCCAGGAGAGCCUGGACAAGACGAGCUUGACCCCCAGCGAGGGGACGGAGGAGCCUACCAGCCCCUCCCGGUCCAUGCGGCCGCACAGCGUCAGCCCCGGCAGCGCGAGCUACUGGCGAGUGGAGCAGGAGGCCGAGGCCCCGGAAAACGCCACCAGCCAAUCUGCCAGUGGCAGGGAGGGGAACCAGGAACCGUUGGGCAUGUACUGCAAGACCUCAGACUCUCAAAAUGCUUUGGAGGACCUUGCCCACUAUGAAUUUCUGGCCCAGCUGAGGAAGGCCUCUACCUCAGCCAGUCUCUUGGACCAUCUAAACCACAAUGGCACGCCAGCGGUGUACCACCCGGGAAGUAGGCACGAGGAGCUGCCACCUGCCAUCUGGUCACCGAGCGCUCAGGCCGAACACUCGCCCGAGGGAGCAGAUGCAGGGAGGACCCAGCAGGCCUGUCCAUUCUGCCACGGGUUGUAUCCGCGAGGAGCCUCCUUGAGGGACCACAUCAAGUACUGUCAGGAGAGAGAGGGGGGCCACAUGGUCUGUCCGCUCUGUGGAUAUACUGCCACCCUUAGGGCACAGAUGGAGCGGCACCUGGCUUUUCACAACCAAGUGCAGGAUAAGAGUGUCAUCUCUUUGGAUCAAGGCAUUGAGACAAGGAAGUUCAAAUGUCUCCAGUGUGGCAAAGCGUUCAAGUACAAACACCACCUCAAAGAGCAUCUGCGAAUUCACAGCGGGGAGAAACCUUACGAGUGCUCCAACUGCAAGAAGCGUUUUUCUCACUCUGGUUCCUACAGCUCCCACUUAAGCAGCAAAAAGUGCCUCAGUGGCGGAGGAAAUGGAGGGGGAAACGCGGGAGGAGCCAGUGGUACGUUUAACGGACACAGCCAAAGCUCCUUCCACCACUCGUUUCCAACGUCUCCCUCUGCAGGUGUUGGGAGAAACAGCAGUGAUAAGGGCUCCCCAUUGGCUUUACAGGCCCAAGACCAUAAGCCUCUAUAUCUAGGACCGGAGGAUCCUCACCAGCUCUCCGUGCAGGACGGCAACCACAAUCCUUCCUUGGUUCGACUUUGGGACCCCUCGGCAGAGCUCUCUCUGAGGGCCGGCAUACUAAACGGGACCACCAUGCUGCCUUAUCUGCACUCUGGGACCAAGUUUGAACAGAUGCUGCAGGAGAUGCUUCACAAGGAGGUGAGGAAAGAGGAAGAGAUGGACAGAGGAGAAGGAGGAGGGGCUGCAAUGGAGGGAAGUAAGACGGUUUACAACGGAGUUGGAGCUGACAGGAUGGUGUCGCCCGACAGGAGAAGAGAAGCGGCGAGGUCAGGUGAAGGGGAGAGAGGUGUGCUCGGCGUGACGUGCCGCUGGUGCUCCCAGAGUUUCCCCAAUGUGGCGGUGCUCCUGCAGCACGAGCGCUACCUCUGCAAGGUGAACAAAGAGACGGUGGAGGUAAUCGAGGAUCUCCGCGGCAAAGACCACCACUCGCCGCCUUUAUUCUUCCCCAGACCUGCUCUCCAACCGGAGAACAGCGAGCCGAGUGACGUGUCAAACGGCCUGUCACCGAUGCAGAAGCCCAGCUGGCACUCUUUACCGCAGCAGCUUUUGGUGGCAAUGUACUCUCCCCCACAGCCCCACCAUGAUGCCUCCUCGUCCUCCCGAGCGUACUGCUCCAGUCAGGACAAGAGAAGUCCAAGCCAGCCGAUCCACCACUCCCCGAAGCUGUCAUCGCCCCGAGUCAGAAAGAGGGUUCCCUCUUCAGGUUUCGGUUCUCCAGUCCGCCUCGCCAGCUGUGCUCCUGAGCUGACCUCCCCCCAGAACCAGACCAGCAGCCCCUGGUCUGCACAGAGCGAGCCUCUGGACCUCUCGCUGCCCAAGCAGCUGUUAGACCGGGAGGGGAGAAACAAAACCCUAAACGGCUUCUCAGCCAGAGGGGAAGGGAGGAAAGAGCACAGGACCCAGCUACUCAGGAGACCAAGUCCAACAUCGCACCUCCCCCUCCAGCCCCAUCCGAUCUUCGGUGGGGCCGCAGCGCCUAUGUUUCCAGGUUCCUUAUACAACGGGUAUCAUGUCUUCAACCAGUCUGGUUUAGGGCUUUCAGGACACGACGGCAUCACAGCGAUUCCUUUCAGCCAGCAAGUCAACAGCCCGGGCUUUCUCUCUCCUUUGGCUUACAUGAUGGACGCAGACGCAGAGGCGACCCUGAAAAAAAUCCACUUGGAAAGACAAGCGCUCAUGGGUGAAGUGUUAAGCCAUGGAGCUCUAGACUACCUCUCCCUGGUGGAUGAAGGACUGGAGGGAGAAGGGGGACCCAGCAAAAAAAGGCUGAGGAAGACGGAUGAGGGCCUUUACGCUUGUGACAUUUGUGAAAAAACCUUCCAGAAGAGCAGCUCUCUGCUCCGUCACAAAUACGAGCACACAGGUAAGCGUCCUCACGAGUGCAAGAUCUGCAACAAGGCCUUCAAGCACAAGCACCAUCUGAUCGAGCACAGCCGGCUGCACUCCGGGGAGAAACCGUACCAAUGCGACAAGUGUGGCAAGCGCUUCUCUCACUCCGGCUCGUACUCACAGCACAUGAACCACCGCUACGCCUACUGCAGCAAAGACCAGGAUCCAGACCAAGAUCACGAGGAAAUGUCUUUUCCCCCAGGGGCGGGGAGAAAUCUAGAGGGCCGCCUCGUUGACGAGGCCCCUCUGUCUGUGGAGGACACUCAGACGGCGCAUUCCUUCCUCAGCGAUUCCAGUCUAGAUGGGGCUGCAGAGGCCCUGAAGGAGGAAGAAGAGGAGGAGGAGGAAGAGGAGGAUAACAACUUAGGUGUUAGUGAUGGUCAAGUGGAAAGGGCACAUGUGGGUUUGAUAGAGGGAGCAGAGGAGCUGGGGGAUUGUAGCCCCAUUCUAGGCUCACCUGCAGCAGAGAAUGGAGUCCAAAACGAGAUAAACGGUUUUGAUGUGGGGAACCACAUUGACAAAGCAGACAGACAAUUCUGGGACACCAAGGGCCAGAAUGUAGACUUGGAGAAAUGUGAACUUAGCCUGGAUUUAACAGAUUUACCCAGAAUAAAAACCUAAGGUGACUUCAACAAGCCUAUAGAAUGUAUAACCUCUAUAUAUUAAGAAUUUUGAUACACUUUUAUAAAACUGAUUACAAUUUUUUUUUUAAAUCUACUUGAGGAAACGCACAGACCUUCCAAAGCUAUGAUGGACUCGACGUGGAUUAAGCCAUAUGAACAAAAUAAAUAUACAUAAAUAUAAUAUGACAACACAAAAAUACUAUAAGGUAUUUUACAAUGUAAAAUAGACUUAAUGUACCUAGAGCGCCUUCUGUUCGUCUUUGUUUUGUCGUAAUUGUUUUUAUUUGCCAAGACAGCUAAAACCCAUUUGGGUUCACUCAUCUGAGUUCAUCUAUCCAGAUGUGACAUUGCAUAAAUCUCAUCUAUUUUUAUUUGCUAGCUGCAGCUCACCGUUGCACAACACACAAAGGGGAGGCAUGUGUAUUUCUAUGUCCAUGAUCCAGUUUCCUUUGUUUGAAACAAUUCAACUUUUCACAUGUAGACGCACACCAGUGGGGGAUUUAAGAAACCAGCAGAGGACCGAUUGCAGCAAUGAAGAGACAUCCACUGUUACUCAGCAUGAUGUUCAAGUUGGAGCUUGGAUGUUACAGAUAGUGGUAUCAACCAGGUUCCCUGGGUGCUCAAUCAGUAUAUUUAUUUUUGCAAAUGCAGGUAACAUUCAACACCCUGUGGUAUUAUUUCAUACAAGGCCAUACCUCUACAUUGAUAAAUAAGCAGUAACAUGUUUUGCAUGAAAAUACACACAUGCAGCUAUUACUUUGUCCCAAAGUCAGGGCUGGAGAUUAUGUAGAUGAAGUACUUCUUUUAUCUUUCAUGCUGUGAAAUAACAAGGUGCAACCACCUCAUCUCUUCGGGUUAACUCGGGUUAACUAUGGUGCUCUGUGGCUUUGACUAACCAGCAGAAUACUUUUGUAAAAAGCGGUUGAAGGUGGCUGUUUAUUUAUUUUAUUAAACAAAAAGCAUCCGACUGCACCUUUUAAAUGGUAUGGUUUGCAAAGGGACAGUCAUCUCUGUGUUAAAGUUGGUAGUGAAGGCAGUUUUUUUGGGGGGGGGGGGGGUCCUUCAAGGGAGCAAUCACGGCUUGCACUGCCUCACUGUUUAAUCAUCACACGGAGCUCAAUUUCAUUUUAUGCAAACAUGGGCUCUAUUUUUCGUAACAAUUUACGACGUGCCAUUUUCUCAGCCCCGGAAAUAAAAGGGUCAAGACUCAGGACACAUACAACAGCUUAACUUCCUCUUUCUGACUGCGGUGCAGUCAUCGUGAAAAGUGCCUCAGAUGUACUUUGGACACUGUGAGUGAUCCGACAAAGCCUUGGUGCAAGGAGAAAAGAAAGGCGUGACUAUGCUUGUAGCAUUUGUGCAGACCGUGAAACUUUUUGGUCAUAACGUGUGUGUGUGUGUGUGUGUGUUUGUUUAUGUGUAUAUUUAUCACCAAAGAUAUGCAAAUGUACACGCCAACAGCCACCUUUUUCGUGAGUAGUUCCUUACCUGAUGAGAAAUGGUUUACUUUCUCUUAGCGUCUGCACACUCAUGUUGUUACAAGCAGUGUUUUUUUUUUAUCUUUUACUUGCCCCCAUUUAACUUUUGUAUGUAUUUUUUAUAUAUGUUUUAUAAUUGAUAUAAUAAAAUUGUACAUACUUUGUCAAAGGAA